CUCCGUGUUCUCUGUGAUGGAGGACUCUUGUCCCGCGACGAGCAUCGACGGCCUCCAGCAGCACACCGAGAUCUCGGCUGAAUCUGAGCUUCCCCGCCGCAGCGAUGUCAAAGUCUACAAGGAGUUCUGCGACUUCUACGUGCGAUCCAACAUGACGAAUGCGCUGGCCCACGCGGUGUGUGAGCGCUGUAAGGCCGGCUUCACGGCGACGGAGAGGAUGGUGAACAGUAACGGCGAGCUGUUCCACGAGCAGUGCUUCGUCUGCGCGCAGUGCUUCCAGCAGUUCCUGCACGGCCUCUUCUAUGAGUUUGAAGGCAGAAAAUACUGCGAGCAUGACUUCCAGAUGCUGUUCGCUCCCUGCUGUCACCAGUGCGGCGAGUUCGUCAUUGGCCGUGUGAUAAAGGCCAUGAACCUCAGCUGGCAUCCCGACUGUUUCUGCUGUGAUCUCUGUCAGGCCGUUCUCGCAGACGUGGGCUUUGUGAAGAACGCAGGCAGACAUUUGUGCCGUCCGUGUCAUAACCGUGAAAAGGCUCAUGGUCUGGGGAAGUACAUCUGCCAGAAAUGCCAAGCCAUCGUUGAAGAUGUUCCACUGAUUUUCAAGAACGAUCCGUACCAUCCUGACCACUUCAGCUGCAAUAACUGCGGUAAGGAGCUGACGGCGGACGCCAGGGAGCUGAAAGGCGAGCUGUACUGUCUGCCGUGUCAUGAUAAGCUGGGUGUGCCGAUCUGCGGCGCCUGCCGGAGACCCAUCGAGGGCCGCGUGGUCAAUGCCAUGGGCAAACAGUGGCACGUGGAGCAUUUUGUGUGUGCUAAAUGUGAGAAAGCGUUUCUGGGUCACCGGCACUAUGAGCGUAAGGGCUUGGCGUACUGUGAGACUCACUACAACCAGCUCUUCGGAGACAUCUGCAACCACUGCAACCGCGUCAUUGAGGGAGACGUUGUGUCUGCACUGAAUAAGGCCUGGUGUGUCAAAUGCUUCAGCUGCUCCACGUGCAACUCCAAGCUGACACUCAAGGAUAAGUUUGUGGAGAUGGAUCUGAAGCCUGUGUGUAAGCGCUGCUACGAGCGAGUGCCAGACGAGCUCAAGAGACGCUUGUCCAGGCGUGAACAAGACAACAAGGACAAGAAGAAGAAGAUGCUCAUCUGUCUGUGAUGAUGGCUGGAUCACAACACCUCAACGGAGAGUUUACCUGCGCUUGAUGAAGAUGAACGACUGAACCGACUCAAGCACACGCGUCUGAAUACAUUCACUGUCUACAUGUUCAUGUGCGCUGGAUUUCAUCUCGAUUGCACAGAAUCUGUUAUGAGCUGAGAUUGAGAUUUCUUAUAGUAGUUCAGUCACUUCAGUGGUGUGUUCAUGAAUAUGAAGAUAUAUGCAGUCUUAUGUUCUGUUUAAUUCCUCACUUGAGGUCUGUUGAAUCGUAUUUUAUGUGUGGAUGUUUAUAUUGUUCAGCUGCAAAAACAAUAAAAAGUUUUACUGUAAGAACUUCA